UUUGAAGCCUAUACUGAUUGCCAUGUGUCAGUAUGUAGUUUAAGGAAGAGCAAAAGGUUGGAUGUGAUACGUCGAAAACUAGUCGCGCAGCCAAGCCUGUUUUAUCCUCCGUUAAUACAAAAUGGAAAAUUAACUGACGUUCGGGCGGGCCUGCAUUUUUGUUUUUAUUUAACGAAUGAUGGAUAAUCAAAACAGCUAAUUUUCACGAACAAUAUAAUUUUGUUAAAAGAUGCAAAUGCUUAAUUUCAAUGCAUCGAUUUGAGGAGGAGCUGUCCAUGGUGGGGUGCUGAUGCGGCCUUAGGAGAAGCUACGAUGGCGACGGGGAAAUGGCUGUUGUACACGGGUCUCUGUCUUUCUCUUGUUGCCUUGUGUUUCCUAACAGUCGCAAUUUCGUCAGACCAUUGGUACGAAACGGACGCUAGGAGAUACAAGGAGCGCUGCCGAACUUUCUCGAACCGUCGGAGCGACCCAGGUUUCAUUUACAUUCCCAACCACAGCCUUCCACUGCGUUCCAGUCGAACGGCGCUGGACCGAUUGGAGAACCGACGCCUGCUGAAUCGGAACCGGCGUCAGCUCUUUGCAAUGAGCGCGGCGGAUGAGUGCAGUAGACGGUACAAUUCGACCAACAUGGGGUUGUGGUCCAAAUGCUAUAGACUUGGAUUUGACCAAGACAUCGAAGAACAAAUUCAAGAAGGGACAAUUGAGCGGUGCUCCUACAUUAAGUAUUACUAUUCUUCAUCGUCAUUGGUGCGGAAGGACUUGUCCCACAAUACUACCAGGACCAUUCAACAGGAUGACUGGCAUGCCUUGCAUCUGCGCCGGAUGACGGCUGCCUUUAUGGGCAUGGCCCUGGCAGUCAUCCUGUUUGGCUGGACUGUGGGUCUGCUGGGUUGCUGCUGGGAGCAGGGCUUGAUGCACUAUGUGGCUGGCCUGCUUUUCCUCAUGGGAGGCACCUUCUGUAUCAUUGCUCUGUGUACCUGCGUGGCUGGCAUCAAUUUUGAACUGUCCCGCUACCCUCGUUACCUGUUCAGCCUGCCAGAUGACAUAAGUCAUGGUUACGGCUGGUCCAUGUUCAGUGCCUGGUGUGGGCUUGGUCUGACCCUCAUUGCUGGUUUCUUCUGCACGCUGGCACCUUCCAUCCAGCCCCCGCCCCCAAGCCGCACCACCAACCCCAAAUCCCGCAUGGAGAACGGGACGGUCUGUUAAACAGCAGCUCAGAGAGAGAUGAGAUGUGAAAGAGCACUUGGAACCAAAACAGGAACUAAUCGACUUCCUGAAGGGAGCGAACCCUGCAUGCUCCACGUGCGUUUGUUUGAAUACCCACAGCUAAUGUAAACAACAACAACAUGACUGUAGGCCGGUUGUGGCUCUAUAGGGACCUCCAACAUGAAAAACACAUUUGUACAGAUGUAUAAAAAGCGUUGAUCCUGAUGUAACUUUGGGCCAUCCUCCAUGGAGCUGUUUUUCAUUUUAGUGUGACUUAUCCACUUUAUUCCUUUGAGAAAAGACUGAAAAAUGUCAUUUUACUUUUUACAAGAUAAUUAAAUUCACCUGUUACAUAUAUAUCUGCUAACAAUGAUAACUUGUCGAUAACAUUGUGCAGUUGUUUUAAGAGUGUCAAUUACAUCAUUAGAUAAUAAAACAAUUUAAUAAUU